AUGGCAUCCACAAAUAAUGAUGGGUUCGACUUUAACCCUCAAACCCAUCAACCUCCCCAAGCACAAGAAUACGUCCCCAAUCUGUCUAGCUACGAAACAGGGCCUGCCAAAAACACCGCAGGGCCGCAUGAAUCCGAUAUCGCCAACAAGCUCGAUCCCAGGGUGGACAGCGAUCUGAAUAAUCGCGCUCAAUACGCACCAGGCACAACGACAGCCACAAACUCGCAUCCCGGCGCAACCUCGCACGUCGCAAMCCCUCAAGCCAGUAACACGCUGGGACCCCACGAGUCCGAUCUCAAGAAUAAACUCGAUCCCCGCGUAAACAGCAAGACUGGCGAAAUGACCACCAAAACUACAAAUUCCGAGGGCACCGGUUCACGAAGGGAACCCGUUAAUGCAGGCGGCAAUAACACAAAAUUGGACACUACACCUACCAACACUGCCGAUUAUACCAACACCUCAACUACAGGCAGCAAUAAUCCCGGGCAAGGGUACUCAUCAUUUAAACCAGGCACGAGCUCCCAACACAGUACUGGCAGCGGUGUAGUCGGCGGCACAUCGACGGGGGCACCCGCUGUGCCCUCGCCAAUCUCGACCCCGUCGGGAUACAGUCGUGAGCAAGGGAGCUACAACCCAUCGAUUGGAACGGGAUAUACGCCUGCCCAUCGAGAGCAGCAGCAAGCAUCUACGCAGCCUGCAACGGGGCCUACGGCGGCCACGUCAACGGGGACGCAAACUUCGACUGCUGAUGCAGGUGCGUCGGGAAGUAAAGGUAUUGCAGGGGGGAUUAAGGGUGUUGUCGCUGGUAUUCACGGCGCUGGUGAAUCGAUCCGAGGAACAUUCAAUGCCGCCGUUGAUCGUGCCUUCAACGAACCUGAAGGUGUAGCCAAGAACGAGGCUAUUGGACGCGAUGGCGAAUACGAGGCUCAAUCAGGACAGUUUUCGACCUCGACGAAGCAACGCGAGGGAUUGAAUAGGCAGAAUCGGACCUAG